CGAUAUUCCUUGCCGCGCUCUUGCGCCGCGCUACUUCCUCUCCUUUCUUCAUGGCGCCGACCGUCGCCGCGGUCCCGGCCACCUCCCUUGGCCAUUCGACAAAGCUUGGGCGUGAGGUGGUCGCGGAGCCGCAGCAGCUCGAGCCCGCCGCACCAGGACUCAUCAGCUCGGCCUUUGGCGUCGCCGGCGGAGCCUUCUGGGGCACGACCGGCUUCACCACCGGGUUGGUUUCUCGAGCAGUCGACCCGCUCCACUCCUUCACCACCAGCUCCUACCCGGCAUCGCCGCCUACGCCGCCCUUGCCGCCGCCGCCGCCACCGCCGCCGCCGCCGCCGCCAUCACCUCCCCCGCCUCCUCCGCCCUCGCCGCCGCCGCCGCCGCCACCCUCGCCGCCGCCGCCGCGACCGCCGCCACCGUCUCCGCCGCCGCCGCCACCGGCUCCGCCGCCACCACCCGCGCCGCCCGCCUCGCCGGGACUCAUCGGCUCGGCCUUUGGCGUCGCCGGAGGUGCCUUCUGGGGUACGACUGGCUUCACCACCGGGUUGGUGUCUCAGGCAGUCGACCCGCUCUCCUCCUUUGCCCACUUUGACCCCGCGGCUCCGCCAGCGCCACCCUCGCCGCCGCCACCGCCGCCGCCGCCUCCUCCUCCUCCGCCGCCGCCCUCGCCUCCGCCGCCGCAUCCGCCGCCACCCCGGCCGCCGCCGCCACGGCCGCCGCCCCCGACGCCCCCGAUGCCGCCGGACCAGGGCGCGGCUUGGGACUCUGCUGGCCGCAUCAACCACUACAUGGCUGGCAUCGCCAAGGACAGCACCGUCGAGCCCGGAAACAUGCGGCCUGUGCCAGAGAAGCCGCAGGGUCACGGGAUCCUCCUCGGCUCGGUCGUGAUGGCGAUCGAAGGGGCACUCGUCGUCGGCGCGGUCCUGUUCACUCUCCUCCCGCGCCCCGCCGCCGUCAGCCCGUCUCGAGUCAGCCGCGAGAUGCUGCCGCACGAGCUGCUGUCGCCCGGCGAGCAGCGGCCACCAUUUGGCGGGCUCAGCGGGCCAUAUGAGCCGCGCCUCAGCAAGUUCGUCGCGGCGCCGGUGCUUCUCUGAGCGCUCAUGCCCCCCCCCCCCCCCCUUCUGUUCUCCUAUUGACCUGCGCCUGCCUGCUGGGCUCGCCGGACAUGUCUGUAUGUACGAAGGUGGCACAUGUUGUACAUAUGCCUUAAGGUACCGCCUUUUGUGCCCCCCGUGUGCCGUGUGUGGUGCCGUGUCGUGGCGUCGGGUAUCGGGUAUCCCCCGUAUACUUCGUGUGGAGUAGUGGAAGUGCGCAGAGUGAAAAGAAAGGUCGGCCGCC